AUGCCUCCAAAAAAAGAACCCGAAGAAGAAAUUACGGGUUAUAACAUCGAAAUUUUAUCCACGGAAGAACUGAAGCAAUAUGCUCGCCUUUUGGAGAGUGAGAUCGAAGCAUUGCGCAAACACUGUAGUUUUUUUCAGGCGGCAGAGGAUGCAGUUGCUGAACACCUAAGAAUCGGUGAGGAAAAGAAGAAAAGUCUUUUGGCUAAAGAUGUAGAACUAGAAAAAUUACGGCUAAAAGCUUGUCAGAAGUUAUCUGAAAAAAGACAAUGGCCUCCCUACGAAAAUGUGGCAAACGAACAGAAGCAAAAUCGUCGUUCUUCUGCUACACGGGCUCUGUUAUUGAAAGAAGAACAACGCCAUGCAGAAGAAGAAGCGCACUUAAAAUGCCUGUUGCGUGAGAAAAAUCAGCAUCUUGAGGCAUCACUUACAACUGCUCAGAUGGCAAGAAAUGAAACAAAAAAAAGAAUUGACAGAAGUUUACAAGAAAUGAAUAGUCGUCAAAGGGAGUUAUUCGAAAAUUCUGUUUCCACAUUUGUGAAAGUUAUGAUGGAAGGUAGCCGUGAAUUUCAAAUCUCUAUAGAGGAGCUAGAAAAGGAAGCUGCCGAAGGUAGAAUUCAAGGGCAAAAAGCAUUCACUGAUGCCUGUGAGAAUUUCAGGAAUGAACUUCUUGGGUACUACAAGAAUAUUACUAAACAAGACUUACAAGUUAUUAAAAAGCUUCAAGAAGAAAUUUCGGAUCUUAAGACAGUCUUACAAAAUUAUAAAACUUUUCUUCUUGAUAUACAACUUCAAAAUGCAGAAAUCAGUCAAAUAAAGGUACAACCAGAAGUUUUCCGUAGAAAAGUGUAUAACCAGUCAACUAAAAUAAUAUCAGAUUUGGAGAGACAGAAAAAAAUAGAACAAAUGGCAUAUGAAAAUCAACUUCUGGAGGAAAAAAUACAAAUUAUGAUGAAGAAAUCAGAUGAACUGCGAAGCUGGAAUGAAAAUGUGAGAAAAUACUCAUGA